AUGCGGAUGUCAGUUAAUUCAAUGAAUAACGCAAUUAUUGACAUCAUUGCACUUUCAAUGACAGAUUUCCUUGUGUGUACAUUUUCAUCGAAUGUUUGUCGUUUAGCCUAUGAGUUAAUGCAAACACGUCAUAUGGAAUUGGGUGAUGCAACACAAUUAUUUCAUUCAAUCGAUAAGUUAUUCCAUGAAGAAGAUUACGGCAGAUUGAAAUUUGAUGUGAUCAUUUCAGAUAUGAAGGUAAAUUUGAAGUAUGGUGAUGUAGUGGAAAUUCGCCAAAUUAACUGGAACGGUUCAGUGUUAGUAAAAUUAGUACAAUCAAGUGAAGAUAUACAUAACAAAAACCAAAAGGUAAAAAGUCAUCAUGUAACAGAAAGAAAAUCUACAAUGCAACAAUUGAAAUCAUCACCGUUACAUCACGAUAAUAAUAAUAAUAAUAAUCAUCAUCAUCAGAGUAGAAAUCAACAAAAUCAAAGUAGAAGUAAAUCAGCUAAUAUGUUUAAUCGUAAAUUAUCAUCUACAUCUACAUCUACAUCAGCGUCAGCAGCUGCAGCAACAGCAGUAGCAUCGUCGUCGUCGUCCAUCAUCAUGUAA